CCAGGUUUCUUUGAUGUUGUCUCCGGUAUUUAUGAAAACAAUAAUAGUUACAAACUUGACUUGAAGCCAUUCGAAUUCAGAGAAGGUGAACCAUUCUUCUUGUACAAUUAUUUGGGUGUCGUCAUUAUUACUGUCCCAGCUACAUUGGCUCUUCUCUUGUCAUUUGCCUUCUUGAUUUGGUACACUCUUGAAGAUUCUCAAGUUACUAGAACUCGUUCAAAUCCUCAUCCAUUCCUUGAAAUUAAGAAUGGUUUGGACAUGACAAAGACCUAUGUUCCAUUCUUGACUGGAUCCAUCAAGUAUGGUAUCUUGAAUGCUGAUUACAAGAUGUUGUUCUGGAAUGAACUUAACAGAGCCAAGAAUAGAGAUCUCUAA